AUGGGGUGCAUACGCAGUAAACCAGUUCAUCGUCAGGAUGAAAACGAGGACGGGUACGUCUUCGACGACGUUGAUGAAAUCCAAAGUACUGGAUUCAAGCUGGACAUCGUCGAAGAGAUUAAAUCUUUCGAAAAGAUUGGAAUCGGUGGUGCCGUUGCGGUCUUAGAUUUGGGAGCUGGAGAGACAGAGAGUGAUGCUGAUGACAACAAACAUGAGGAGAAAUCAGUUGAUGAUUAUGCCCUGGCAAAGAGAAUGCAACUUCUUAGGGAUGUUGCAGAACUUCAGAUGACACAGCUCAGACUGGCCCGUGACAGGUUUCACUGGUCCAUCAUCCAAAGGGAUGCCAGGAGAGUGGUUGCAUCACUGAAGAGCCAUCCAUUCUACGAUGAAGAGUCUGAAGACAUCCAGACUAAUGGAGAGGUGUCUUUGACGGGGAAUGACGCUACCGAGCUGAAGGAAGCCGAAUCAAAGGACAAAUCGCCUGCCAAGGAAGCUGCAAUCUGGCUUCUUGACGUCGUUCUCAACAACGUCGAUUAUGACGCUCAGAAGGUCGAGGAGGAUGACGAGCAAGAGGAGGAGCAAGAGCAGGAGGGGGAGGAGAAGUGUGACGACAAAGAUACAGAGGUGCCCGAUUUUGGCUAUUUCCAGGAAGAAGAUGAGGAUACAGAGGAGGGAGAGGACAAGAAGGACGACGGAGAGGAGGAGGAAAGGGAGGAUGAUGGGGAGGAAGACAAGGAGGAGAAAGACGAGGAGAAGAAGGAGGAGGGGGAAGAGGACGAAGGCGAGGAGAAGAGCAAGGAGAAAAAGGAGAACGAGGAGAAGGACGAGGAGGAGAUGAAAGAGGAGGAGGAGAAGGAAGAGGAGGAUGACGAAGAGUUUGAAUGUGACGACAACGAUACACAUCUGCCAGAUUUUGGAUACUUCCAGUUCCAAAGAUUAGACCAAACCUGGAUGACCACCCGAAGACAUAGCAGGUUGCCGCCACCAUCAAGUGUUAAUAUUGACCAACCCAUCGAAAAACAAAGGUUACUUUUGGAUGAUUAUAACAACCUUAACAGUCCGGACCAAGUUCAUUCCCAUGACAUCACAACAGACUUGAAUCAAUCACAACCAAAUGAUGAAGAAAGCAGUAUUGAUGAGGGCAGGGAAAAGAGGAGGGCAUUGGCGCAUCGCCUUGGUCUCGAACCGAGGUCACCGGAAUUCGAGAACACUGCUCUACCGACUGAGCUAUCGCGCCUCCCCUGCAGAACUGCAGACAAACGCACAGCCAAGAGAGAUUGA